GAUGUCCCCCCUCCCUCCCUUUGGUGGUCUGAGUGAGAGAAAAAAAAUAAUAAAAAAAUAAAAAGCCUGCGUUUGUGUGUGUGUUUGUCUCAUGAUAAGACCGUUCGGUAACACUGUUUUUUCACUGGACGUCUAUCAGCAUGGCUGUGUUGAUUUUAGGAGCUGGUCGUGUCUCAGGCCCUGUAUUUGAAUAUUUUCACAGGAAAGGCAUUUCAUUUUCUGUAGUUUCAGCUAUUCAAAAGGAGCUCAACUCUGUAAAGAGCAGUUAUGCGAGUGCACAGUGCUACAAUCUGAAUUUACCCAAAGAUGUUGCACAGCUACCUUCCCUGAUUGCACUACACAAAGUGGUAUUACAUCUUUUGCCAGCUGACUUACUGCCUCUUGUCGCUCAGUCCUGCCUUGAGGCCAGAUGCUCUCUGGUGUCUUGUAGCUAUUUGCCAGAAGGGGUUCAAGAGCUACAUCAAAGGGUGGUAGAUGCUGGCAUCAUAUUUCUGUGUGAAUGUGGUCUUGACCCUGGGAUCGAUCACAUGCUGGCCAAGCAAGCAAUACAAGAUGUCAAGGACAGAGGGGGAGAGGUAACCUCAUUUAUCUCAUGGUGUGGUGGGCUACCUGCCCCUGAGUGUAGCAAUAAUGUUCUGAAGUAUAAAUUCAGCUGGCACCCAAAGGGAGCGCUUAAGUUAUACCAGCGCAGUGCUGGAUACCUGGAAAAUGGAAAGGUCAUUCAUGUUUCAGGUGAAGAUGUAUUAUAUAAGGCUCAUCCUAUAGACUUGGAUGCAAUCCUCCCCGGUAUAAAGUUUGAAGGUUUUCCUAAUAAAUUUCUCUAUCGAUAUUUGUCUGCUUAUGGACUACAGUCUUGCAAGAAUUUUGCACGUGGAACUGUACGAUAUGAGGGAUUUAGCAACGCCAUGCUUGCCUUGGUGCAGACUGACUUGUUUAGUGACAUCGCGGUUCCUCAGCUUCAACCUGAUGCUCCAGAUAUCACAUGGAGGGAAUUUCUCAGCUGGCUAGCAAGAGGGUCAUAUGAUGACAAAGAACUGGAAAGUGUACUGCUUUCAAGAGUGGGCAACUCUCACAGCAGGCUGGACACUCUGAAAGAGUUGGGUCUGUUGUCGGACACAAAAGUUGACAAGAAAGGAACACCAAUUGAUACUCUAUGUCAUUAUCUACAGCAGAAGUUGAGUUAUGCUCCAGGUGAGCGAGAUAUGGUGAUCAUGGUUAAUGAGCUACAGAGUGAGUUUCCACGACAGUCUGAUUCUGCCCACCAACAACAGGAAGUAACAACUGUGAGUCUCUUGGAAUAUGGAGACAUUGAUGGCCACUCUGCCAUGGCUAAAACUGUGGGGUAUCCUUCAGCUCUUGCUGUAGAAAUGAUUCUGAAUGGUGAGAUUCAUGCAAAAGGGGUAAUAAUACCCACCAUGGAGGAUGUCUACAAGCCUGUUUUGUCCAGAUUGCAGCAGCUAGGGAUCAUGGCAAAAGUAUCCACUUCCUCAAAGUAAAUGAAACUAAAAUGAUUUGACAUUACUUGCAGCUUAGCCUGUAAUUUCUCAUUUUCAGGAAAAAAAUGCAAUCAGAUUUUCUUUUUAAUUUCCAUUACUCAGUGCAUUGAUUUGGGUUUUCUUUAACUCCCCAGUAAAGGCUUAAAAAUAUAGAAAUUUCAUCCCAUUGUGUCAGUGCAUAUAUUUUAACAGACAGCAGCUACCACUGAUUUCUUGCAUAUUUUUGUGUUUUAAAUUCCUUAAAUGCAACACUUUUGAUAUGUCUCCCAUAUAUGUCAUACAGUACACACACCAGCCUUUUUGUGCGAUGCAGAAAGUAUUACAAUUGCAUUCAAAUUUGCAAUUACAUGUAUUAUGAGAACAGUUUGUUGAAACAAGGAAGUUAUUUUAUUGAUUUCCAGAAUCUUGCAUAUCUUUAUUUAAGGACCAGUCUGAAUAAAAGUGUGCUAUCAUUAUUGUC